AUGUCCGAAACGACAACUUCGAGCCAGAGAGGAUUUCUGGACUUCAGUCCGAUAAGGAAAGUCUCAAACAAGGAGAAUGAUGUCCCUGUUUUGAGUUUGAUCCAGUUUUCAAAGGCUCCUUUUGUGACAUUUGGAGCAGUGAAGUUGGGCACCUCAAAGGCGGCUGUUCUGCGGAUUGAAAACCCCACAGAGGACGUAGAAGCAGAGGUUACUGUAGAAAAGAUCCCGUCUGGUAAAGGCUUUUCUGUGGACUACAACUCGUUCCUAAUCGAGCCUGAGGGAUCAUUCGACCUGACAAUAACCUGGACUCCAACAGAGGAAGGUGGAAUAAGAGAGCUCAUCAUCUUCAAUGCCAAUGGCGUCGUCAAGCACCAGGCUAUUUUGCUUGGGAGAGCAGAAGCACCCAAAAAGAAAAAGAAGAGCUUAUGGGACACAAUCAAAAACAAAAAGGAGGGUGAAAAGGUAGUCGCCCCGAGGAGAAAGAAAACAGAGCCUCCCUUGAAGAUGGCAGUCAAUAAAACCUUCCAAGUGUCCCGAAAGCCGCAGUACAAAUGUGACAGACCCCGCAGCCCGCUCACUUCAUUGAACAAGGCCAAGGCUGUCAGAGAGAGGUCGCUCUCCAAUCUCAGUCCCACCGAUGCUCACCCUCAGAAAUCAGAGGAGCAAAAGGCUUUAAAUCUCAUUCAAAGGCAACGGUCUCUCACCUUGUCCGACCAGGAGAAUAUCCACCACGUCCAGAAUAGCUCCCCUCUGGUUCUGCUCGUCCCCACAACGAAGGUGACGGAUCCAGGUCUGUCGUCUGCUAGCCCAGAUGUGGCAGGAAAACUUGAAAACAAAGAUCUUGCCAAAAUACUUAACAGGACGUUGUCACCUAUCGGGACACCAGAGAGGUUUAAGAAGUUCAUGCCUCGCAUCCAGUCAGUUGAAAGCCCAGCUCCCACUUUUGUAAAGUCUGAUGCUGAUGAUACUGGCAGUCUGUUACCAAGAAGCCCAGUUUUAUCUAUAAAAGAUGCACUGGCCCUGAUAGACUCUGAUCUGAGCCGCAUCACCAGUCCUCGAGACGGUAAUUCCAGUUGUGACUUUUCAGAUUCACUAGAAUCUAAAAGUGGGAAUCGAGACGGCGAACCAGGGCUAAAUGUCCUCAAAGCCUUACCUGACAGCCCAGAGGUGUCUGAGUCCAACGAGCCGAGACUUACUUUCUUUGUCAGCAAAACAGUGGUUGUGAGUGAGGUUGUUGUUUCAGAGGCAGAGUCUGAUAAAGGUGUAGAAAGAGUCAAAAAGACAUCCUUUACCUCUGCCACAGUGACCAAGGGCAAAGCACCGUUGGAGGAAAAUAGUUUAAGUGGACGGAAAAUAAAGAAGUCAAGGCGGAGGCUGUUAGAGAGAACACUUGAUGUGUCUGACGGCAGCAGUCAGUGUGAGUCUGGACCAGGAACACCAUAUCUUCCUGUUAUAGACCCGGACGCAAGAACCAGCAGAUGGCAAAACUCUGAGGAAAUCGUCUCCCUGUGUGACGACAAAGUACUGGCCCGAGAGUUUAUCUCCUCCAGCCCGAAGACAAGGGUCGAUUGCUCACCUACUCCCAUCACCUUCCCUGUCACCUCUCCUCCGUCAAUGGCUCCUUCUCGCUUCAGUUUCUCUGUCACUUCCCCUCUUCCCCCCCCUCCUGCUGCGCCAUCGCCAACGGCUAUCCCACCCCAGUUCAUAUCAGCACCCCUGUCCGUUCAAGACUCAUUCCCCAUUCACGUGCCAGCGAAGAGCAAGAAGAGAAAGAGUGGCGAGUACUUGAAAAGUGACGGGAAGCUUGAGGACGGCGGGAAAACGGAACGGGUUAAAAGGACCAGGGUGGUUGCUGUCAAAAGUGAACAAACCAGAUCACUGCAAGAGAAGAGGAGUGCGUCUCAGAGGCAGCAGCCACGAGCAGCAGUGCGCUCGAUGACAUCAUCAUCUUUAAAGACCGCAAGGUUGGCAGUCGCUGCCCAGGCAAAGCAGCCCACCUCCAAACCCACCUCACGAGGUGCCCAGUCUCUGAGGUCAUAUGCUCCAUCUGUGAAGACGGCAAAAGUGGUUGCUGUAGCGCAGUCAAAGCUGAGCUUCAUUAAACCUGCACACACAGCCAUACCAAGACACCCGAUGCCGUUUGCCGCCAAGAACAUGUUCUAUGACGAGAGAUGGAUUGAGAAGCAGGAGAGAGGAUUCACGUGGUGGAUCAACUACGUCCUCACGCCAGACGACUUUAAAGUCAACACUGAAGUCACGAAAGUAAACGCUGUGUCCCUUGCCAUGGGAAGCGACAAGUACAACGUGCCCAAAGCGCCCACCAAAGAAGAGAUGUCCUUCAGCACCUACACAGCCCGACGGAAGCUGAACCGCCUCCGUCGUUCUGCCUGCCAGCUGUUCACGUCCGAGGCCAUGGUCAAGGCCAUUCAGAAGCUGGAAAUCGAGGUGGAAUCCAAGAGGCUGCUCAUCCGAAAAGACCGCCAUCUUUGGAAGGACAUAGGUGAACGCCAAAAAGUCCUCAACUGGCUUCUUUCAUACAAUCCGCUGUGGCUUCGGAUUGGGCUCGAGACAAUCUACGGGGAGUUGAUCUCACUGGAGAACAACGGUGAUGCGUUGGGUCUGGCCAUGUUCAUCCUCCAGCGGCUGCUGUGGAACCCAGACAUCGCUGCACAGUUCAGACACGCCAAAGUGCCUAAUCUUUACAAAGACGGCCACGAGGAGGCGCUGUCCCGCUUCACUCUGAAGAAGCUGCUGCUGCUGGUGUGUUUCUUAGACAAGGCCAAAGAGUCUCGGCUGAUUGAGCACGACCCCUGUCUGUUCUGCAUGGACGCGGAAUUCAAGAUGAGUAAAGACCUGCUCCUGGCCUUCUCCAGGGACUUCCUGAGCGGAGAGGGGAUCCUGCCCCGGCACCUCGGUUACCUCGGGUUACCCGUCUCACACGUUCAGAAGCCCCUGGACGAGUUCAACUUCGCUGUGAAGAAUCUGGCAGUUGACUUGAAAUGUGGAAUUCGUCUAGUGCGUGUGAUGGAGCUCCUCACCCAGGAGUGGAUUUUGUCAGAGAAGCUUCGUCUGCCCGCCAUCAGCCGCCUGCAGAAAGUCCACAACGUCGACAUUGCUUUAAAAGUGUUGAAAAGCAAAGGGGUCGACCUCAAGGAUGAACACGGCUCCGUCAUUGAUUCCAGAGACAUUGUGGACGGACACAGAGAGAAAACUCUGAGCCUCUUGUGGAAAAUCACUUUCGCUUUUCAUGUGGAGGUGAUCUUGGACGAGGAUCAGCUGAGGGAGGAAAUCGGCUUCCUGAAGAAAACCCUGCAGACCAAACGGAGGCUGGCGUUUCUGAGGGCCGAUCGAGGCCUUCAGCCCAGUCCUGUAAAAGCGAGAGUGCCGUAUGAGCACAGCAGCACUAAGAUCACCCUGCUUAUGAACUGGGUCCGUGCUGUGUGUGACUUCUACAAUCUGAAGGCGGAGAACUUCACCGUGACGUUCUCGGAUGGCCGCGUCCUCUGCUACUUAAUCCACCACUACCACCCCAGUCUCCUACCAGAGGAGGCCGUCAGUCACAGCACCACUCAGACUGUCGACUGCUCAUCGAGGGGUCGCCUGGAGCUCGACUGCUCAGCCAGCGACUCUGACAACUCCUUUGAUUCCCCAAUGACGACGGGCUUGAACGAUUCUCCCUCAGUGGAAUUUAAAAAGCUGCUGGAAAAUGAGAAGAACAACUUCAGACUGGUGAACUCUGCCGUGGCUUUCCUGGGCGGAGUUCCUGCCAUGAUCAACCCAGAUGACAUGUCCAACACCAUCCCCAAUGAGAAGGUUGUGAUGUCCUACCUGUCCUUCCUGUGCGCUCGUCUUCUGGACCUGCGUAAUGAAACCAGAGCAGCUCGGGUCAUCCAAGGUGCCUGGAGGAAAUACAGACUAAAGAAAGACAUCCAGCUCUACAAGGAGAGAAACAUGGCUGCUGUGAAAAUCCAGUUAGUUGUGCGGAGUUUUCUCCAGAGGCGCAGAGCUAAGAAGCAGAAUCAAGCUGCCGUUAUCAUCCAGUCACUCUGGAGGGGUUACGUCGCUCGCAAUAGACUGAGGCUAGAAAAACAGGCUCAAAUCCGAGCUGUGAAGAACGAAGCAGCAACCGUCAUCCAGGCUCAGUGGAGGAUGUUUUCGGCCAUGAGGGCUUACCAGCGCCUCACAUACUACGCUAUUAUUGUCCAAGCACAAUGGCGCAUGCGUAGGGCGGCCUCUGUUUAUGGACGAAUCCGCUGGGCGGCAGCAGUCAUUCAGAAAUACUCACGAGCAUGGACUCUUGCAAGAAGAGAGCGAGAGCGUUAUCUCUCCCUCAGAACUGCAGUGGUGAAAAUACAGAGAGGGUUCAGAAGAUGGAAAACCCAGAGAGCAGAAAAGGAAAAUCGUGCUGCAAAAGUGAUACAAACGAGGUUUAGGAAAUGGUACGAGGAAAAAAGGGCAGAAAAAAACUGUGCGGCUGUGAGGAUUCAGUCUUGGUACCGAAUGCAGAGGUGUGUCCAUCAGUACAGAAAGCUCAAGAGAAGCACCAUGCUCAUUCAAGCCCAUUACAGAGGUCUUGCCCAGAGGCGCCACUUUGAGAUGUUGAAGCUGCAGCACCACUCUGCUAUUAUCAUCCAGAGUGCCUUUAGAGGGCAUUCUGUGAGGAAACAGGUGGCAGAGAUGAAAUAUGCCUCAGUCACAAUCCAGCGCUGGUUCAGAGCCUGUGUUAAAAGAGACAUGGAAAGGGAAAUGUUUGUGAGGAUGAAAUGUGCCGCCGUAACCUUACAGGCAGCGUAUCAUGGGAAAGUGGCUAGAGAGUUGCUGAAAAAACAGUGCGACGCAGCAACAGUGAUCCAGGCCGCUUUUAGGAAGUAUGCUGCCCGAAGGCACUACCUCGUCUUGAGAAAAGCUGCCACUGCGAUACAGCAAAAGUACAGAGCCACGGUUUUGGCUCAUAAGACAAGGAAGGAGUAUGAAGCUCUGAGGAAUGCCGCGCUCACUAUACAAGCUAACUGGAGAGGGCGAGCUGACAGGAAGAGGAUGGAAAAACGCCACCGGUGCGCAACGCUGAUACAGGCCUACUACCGUCGACACAAGGCGCAAGCAGAGUACAUGUCAAAGAAGGCAGCGGCUGUAGUCGUACAACAUCACUACAGAGCUUAUGUGGCUACAAAAGAGAUGAGGGAAUUAUACCUGCAGAAGAGAGCAGCCUGUGUCACUCUCCAAGCUGGAUUUAGAGGCAUGAGGGUUAGAACAGAACUGAAGAAAAAGCACCAAGCAGCGACUGUCAUUCAGUCUUCAGUUAGGAGGUUUUUAAGCAGGAAACAGUAUAUCCUGCUUCAAAGUGCAGCAAUCAUUGUCCAGAGUCAGUACAGAGCUCUUCAGCUCCGCAGGACACAGCAACAUGAGUACAGAGAGUUGAAGAAGGCUGCCAUAAAAAUACAAGCAGUUUAUCGUGGAUUUAGAGUAAGGGAAGACCUGAAGAAGAGGCACAACGCUGCCAGAGCAAUCCAAGCUCAGUUUAGGAUGCACAGAAUGCGUAUUGCUUACCUUGCCACCAAAUGUGCCGCCAUCAUUAUUCAGGAACGCUACAGGGCCAAGAUGCUUAGGGAUCAACAGAUCGAGAGGUACAGAGCUAUGAAAUCUGCGGCUGUAGUCAUCCAGGCAGCGUAUCGUGGCCACACAGUCAGGAUGGAGAUUGCAGACAUGCACCGAGCUGCUACCGUGAUUCAGAGAAGAUUUCACACCGUCCGAGAGAGAAAUCGAUUCCGAGCCAUGAAGGCAGCAGCUUUAGUUUGUCAGCGGUGGUACAGAACAAUGACCGUGAUGAGGAAGGACCGUCAAGACUAUCUGUCAAAGCGCAGGGCGGUCAUUUGUCUGCAGGCAGCCUACAGGGGAUACGAGGUCAGAAAGCAGUUGCGCAUUAAACGCCAAGCUGCCAUAACAAUUCAGUCUCACUUCCGCAAGUACCAGCAGAGAACUUACUACAAGAGGCUCCACUGGGCCGCCGCUGUCUUGCAAGCACGUUACAGAGCCAACAAGAAAAUGAGAGAGGAGAUGCAAAGUCUGACAGCGAAGAAAGAUGCAGCUGUUGUUUUACAAGCUGCCUUCCGUGGAAUGAAAUCCAGACGAAUCAACAAACAAAGGCAACAGGCUGCCAGUGUUAUACAGAGAGCGUACAGAGCUCACUGUGAGCACAAGCAGUAUAUGACCUUAAAAUCCUCGGUCCUCACCAUUCAGCGGAGAUAUCGAGCCGCUGUAGCAGCGAAGGAGCAAAGAAAACAAUACUUGUAUAUGCGGAGUGCAGCCAUUAUUCUUCAGGCAGCAUACAGAGGCCAGCAAAUCAGAAAGGAGAUUGCUUGUUGGCAUCAGGCUGCAACUGUGAUCCAGUCUGCAUUCAGAAAGCACAGAGAGGUAGUUAAGUUCCAGGCCAUGCGUUUGUCAGCCAUGAUCAUCCAGAGGUACUAUCGGGCCUGUAUGCUUCAGAGACAGGAAAGGGAACGCUUCCUAAAUGUCAGACGAUCUGUUAUCGUUCUUCAGGCAGCUUUCAGAGGUCACUGUGUGAGAAACAACCUCGCCAAGAUGCACAAAGCAGCUACUGUCAUUCAAGCAAACUUCAAGAGGCAUAAGCAGCAGUCAGCCUUCAGGAGACAACGCUGGGCAGCCCGUGUCUUACAGCAGAGGUUCAGAGCUCAGAGACAGAGGAACCUUGAGAUUAAACAUUAUCAGGAGGUCCGAAAGGCUGUCAUUAACCUACAAGCUGCCUUCCGUGGAAUGAAAUUCAGACAAUCCAUCAAACAAAGGCAUCAGGCCGCCAGUGUUAUCCAGAGAGCUUUCAGGACACACUGUGAACGCAAGCAGUAUAUUACUAUAAAAUCCUCCGUACUUGCCAUUCAGCGGCGGUAUCGGGCUACUGUAGCAGCAAAGAAACAAAGGCAACAAUAUCAAAAAAUGCGCCAUGCAGCCAUCACCCUUCAGGCAGCAUACAGAGGCCAGCAAAUCAGAAAGGAGAUUGCUUGUUGGCAUCAGGCUGCAACUGUGAUCCAGUCUGCAUUCAGAAAGCACAGAGAGGUAGUUAAGUUCCAGGCCAUGCGUUUGUCUGCUAUCAUCAUCCAGAGAUACUAUCGAGCCCGUAUUCUUCAGAAAAGAGAAAGGGAACGCUUCCUAAAGGUCAGACAUUCUGCUAUCAUUCUUCAGGCAGCUUUCAGAGGUCACUGUGUGAGAAACAACCUCGCUAAGAUGCACAAAGCAGCUACUGUCAUUCAAGCAAACUUCAAGAGGCAUAAGCAGCAGUCAGCCUUCAGGAGACAGCGCUGGGCAGUCUGUGUCUUACAGCAGAGGUUCAGAGCUCAGAGACAGAGGAACCUUGAGAUUAAACACUAUCAACAGCGCAGGAAAGCUGCCAUCGUGUUGCAGGCUGCAUAUCGUGGAAUGAAAUCCAGGCAAGUCAUCAAACAGCAUCACCAUGCUGCCAGUGUUAUCCAGAGAGCUUUCAGGACACACUGUGAACGCAAGCAGUAUAUUACUAUAAAAUCCUCCGUACUCGUGAUUCAGCGGCGGUAUCGGGCUACUGUAGCAGCAAAGAAACAAAGGCAACAAUACCAAAAAAUGUGCCAUGCAGCCAUCAUCCUUCAGGCAGCAUACAGAGGCCAGAAAAUCAGAAAGGAGAUUGCUUGUUGGCAUCAGGCUGCCACUGUGAUCCAGUCUGCAUUCAGAAAGCACAGAGAGGUAGUUAAGUUCCAGGCCAUGCGUCUGUCUGCCAUUAUCAUCCAGAGAUACUAUCGGGCCCGUAUUCUUCAAAGACGAGAAAGGGAACGCUUCCUAAAAGUGCAACGUUCUGCUAUCAUUCUUCAAGCAGCUUUCAGAGGUCACUGUGUGCGAAACAACCUCGCCAAAAUGCACAAAGCAGCUACUGUCAUUCAAGCAAACUUCAAGAGGCAUAAGCAGCAGUCAGCCUUCAGGAGACAGUGCUGGGCAGCCUGUGUCUUACAGCAGAGGUUCAGAGCUCAGAGACAGAGGAACCUUGAGAUUAAACAUUAUCACGAGGUCCGAAAGGCUGUCAUUAACCUACAAGCUGCCUUCCGUGGAAUGAAAUUCAGACAAUCCAUCAAACAAAGGCAUCAGGCCGCCAGUGUUAUCCAGAGAGCUUUCAGAGCCCACUGUGAGUGCAAGCGGUAUCUUACCUUAAAAUCCUCCAUCCUCACCAUUCAGCGGCGGUAUCGGGCUACUGUAGCAGCCACAACACAGAAGACACAAUACUUGGAAAUGCGCAGUGCAGCCAUCACCCUUCAGGCAGUAUACAGAGGCCGGCAGGUCAGAAUGGAGAUUGCUCGUCAGUGUCAGGCUGCCACUGUGAUCCAGUCUGCAUUCAGAAAGCACAGAGAAGUAGUUAAAUUCCAGGCUAUGCGUCUGUCUGCCAUUAUCAUCCAGAGAUACUAUCGGGCCUGUAUGCUUCAAAGACACCAAAGAAACCAGUUCCUGAAAAUCAAAAAAUCCACAAUCAUCCUUCAAGCUGCUUUUAGAGGCUGGUGUGUCAGGAGAGACAUUUGUCGACAAAGUCAAGCUGCCAUUUUGAUCCAGUCAUACUGGAGAUGCUCAGUCCAAAGGCGUAUCUACCAGAGGAAGAGAGAGGCAGCUGUGAAGCUACAGCGCAGGGUCCGUGCUGUGCAGCUCGGUAGGGUGGAGAGGAACAACUACACCCGAGUAAGGCAGGCCGCCAUCACACUUCAGACUCACUGCAGAGACUGGAUUGCAAGAAGACAGGUGCUAGAGGCAGCCAAAGCAGCGAGGAGACUUCGUUUCACGGCAGCGGUUUUCCACCAUCUCAGUGUUGUAAAGAUCCAGAGAGCCGUAAGAGCUCACUGGGCCUUGGAGUCUGCUAAAAGACAGAUCCAUUCUGUUAUCAGCAUACAGCGCUGGGUGCGAACGAGACAGCAGAGGAGACGGUACCUGGAGGACAGGAGGAAGGUGGUUAUAGCCCAGAGAGCGGUCAAACGCUGGUUAGCUCGUCGCCACAAGGCUGCGUCCGUCAUCCAGCAGGCCGCUCGGAGAUUCCUACACCUCAGGCGCCAAAAGAGGAUUCAGAAGGGCAUUGUCAAAGCUCAGGCUCUGUGGAGAGGUCACCGCUCCCGCCAGCUGACUGACAAUCCCAAAAUGAUAAAGUUGAGACACAACUUACGUAAAGUCACGGCCAGUGCACAAGAGGAGGACAAACUGUGCAACAAGACUUCGUCCGCCCUGGACUACCUCCUUCGUUACAAACACUUCUCCUACAUUCUAGAGGCCCUAAAAAACCUAGAGACCGCCACCAGGCUGUCUCCAGAGUGCUGUGAGCGGCUGGUAGAGAGCGGAGCCACCAACGUCAUCUUCACUCUCAUCCGCUGCUGCAACAGGAGCGUCCCCUGCAUGGACGUCAUCACCUACUCCAUCCAGAUCCUCCUCAACCUCUCCAAGUACAACAAGACCACUGAGGCAGUGUUUUCGGUGGAAAACUCUGUGGAGACGCUGCUGGACCUGCUUCAGAGAUACCGGGAGAAGGCGGGGGAUAAAGUGGCAGAAAAGGGCGGCAGCAUCUUCACCAAGGCCUGCUUUCUUCUGGCUCUCCUCUUGCAAGACAAACGCCGGGCUGUGGAAGUUAUGAAGCUACCCAAGGUCUUGGAUAGGAUACGCAGCAUUUACCGCCUCACUGCUCGCAAACACAAGAUGGACGCAGAAAGAACUGUUACCAAACAGAAGAUGAAUGCCUCAAUCAAUGGGAGUUUCUAUGUUCAAGCGACACCUCGUAAAUCCCGUCCUAUGCCAAAAUUUGCACCGGAUUGGGUUCUUAGGAAGGACAAACUCAAAGAUAUCGUGGACCCUCUCAGGGCCAUUCAAAUGGUGGCAGAGACACUGUCCAUUGUUUUGUAAAUAGCUUUUAAAAUCACAUCUCAUCUUUUUUUUUUUUAUUAUCUGAAAAUAUUGUUUUAUGUACCGUUUUU